AUGGAUAGUAGUACAAUCUCCAGAUACUACAUCGAUAACAUUACAAAUGUAUCCAGGCAGAACAAAUUCACUGACAUCAAUCGUUACAAUGGUUCGACGGGGCUUUAUAGCGAAGACAUUUUAUCAAUCUACAUAGUUCGGAAGGGCUUGCCGAUCCUUCUUGUACUUUCCAUCAUUCUUUCGAUUGGUGGUAAUUUAUUCUGGAUCAUCUUCAUGUGCAGGUCGUCACGGGCCAGCAAGUCUUCCAAUGUCAUACUCAUCUUAAAUCUGGCAGUUUGCGAUUUCAUCAAGUCGACAGUAGUCGCUCCCGUCAGGGUCACGGAGUUUUACUUGUCCAAAUAUCAGUACAACCAGUGUAGUAGUACUGAUUGCUGCAGAUUUUUGAACUUCUUCACUUUGUACCUGGCUCUUGUCGGGUUCCAUUCCGUGGUCGCAAUCAGCCUAGAAAGGUUGGUUCUUAUCUGUUUCCCUCUCUAUGCCAGAAUCUGGCUCAGAAGAAAAGUGGUCCUUACGGCAAUAAUUUUUAUUUGGCUUAGUUCGCUGGUGGUUUCAUUGCCGUUCACAUUGCUCUACUCAAAUACAGUGAAGAUUACUUUCUCAUACGGAACGGUAGUUCACGUGUGUUCAUUGAAUUUUUUUUAUUCCAAUGAAGGUACUGGAGCACAAUUUUAUGUAAUUAUCGUUACCCUACUUUAUUAUGUCUUGCCUGUUUUAAUAGUUUCCAUAGCUUAUGUGAAAGUUGUUGCUUGUUUAAAUAAGACGAUUAACAAUUUUAAAAGUAAUACAAUGCGAGGGCCAGAUAUUUCUUUAAAAUUUCACGAAUUGAAAAUAACCGGCGAAACAAGUUCGAUUAAUUUAUCGCCGUUGUCUGAAAGUCCAAAAUAUAAAGAGAAGAACAUUCAAAAGGUGAAAAAUUGUAAUGUACAAAGACAUUCAUCAAAGCUAUCAACAGGCAGCACAUUAAAAACUGUCGAUCGACGACGAACUCUUGCACGUAUGAUGAUCGCAGUGACAUUCUGUUUCAUUAUUUUCCACGGGCCAUUAUUUUUCAUGCACCUCUACUUCAGUUUGGGAUACAAAAUUGAGAGAAAUAUGAUGUUCACGUUGGUUCUACUGAAGUUGUUGCCAAACAUCAGCUCCAUGAUCAAUCCACUUGUUUAUUCCACUGGUUGGAAGGUCUUCAAAAAAUGUUGA